AGUGCAUUUGGUCGCUAUAAAACACAAAGUGUUCCAGUGAAGCGUUCAGUUAUCAUUCCGACAUGUGGCAUAUUAAACACUUUUUGUUCUUUGUGGCGUUGUUUGUGGUUGUUCACACACAGACAAACUACUGCCAACCGAAAUUGUGCACAUUUGGACCAGGACUGCCAGCAAGACCGCACAUUGGAUGCAAGAAUAGUGGACAGUUUGAUAGAAAGACCUGCCCAAAAGAUGCCCAACUUAUGCCAAUUACUGAGGACACGAAGAAACUCUUCCUGCACAUUCACAAUCGUCUACGAGACAGAUUCGCUCGUGGCUCAAUGAGUCCUUUCCAGUCAGCUGCAAAGAUGCCCAUGCUGAAAUGGAACGAUGAACUGGCAAAGUUGGCAGAAUAUAACGUGAGAACUUGCGAAUUUAAGCAUGAUCAGUGUCGCUCAACGAAUAUUUGCCCUUAUGCUGGACAGAACUUGGGGCAAAUGACCUCCUAUCCCGAUUACCUGGACCUCAACUACGUAAUCAAGAAUAUUACGAGGGAGUGGUUCUUGGAGUAUAAGCUUGCAAGUCAGAGCCAUACGGAUAUGUUUACAACAGGAUCGGGAAAGAAUGGGAAAGCCAUCGGUCAUUUUACAGCUUUCAUCCAUGAGAAGAGUGACAAAGUCGGAUGCGCUAUUUCUAAAUUCGUCAACAAGUAUAAGUUCAAAGAAUAUCUGGUGGCCUGUAACUAUUGCUACACAAAUAUGAUGAAGGAGAAAGUGUACACGAAGGGACAGCCUUGUUCGCAGUGUCAGAGCAAGAAGUGUGAUUCGGUUUACAAACACCUGUGCGAUGCAUCUGAGGUAAUAGAGCCUAUCCCGGACAUUCUGAAGAAUCCUAGAAAUGGAAAAUGAUUGGAGAGUUUUCAAACAUAUACAAUAAAUUGUCUUUCCCUUAUAUUGAUUUGGUAAAAGGUAUAAAAAAAAUGAAAUAGGCAUGUUGAAGAUGAAAAAAUGAAAGAUAAACA